UUAGAUUUUCGUGGUUGUUUAGGUAGUUGUUAGGUUAGUGUAAUAAAAUUUGUAAUUGCUGUAAAGUUUAUUUCUUACUAAAAUGCCUUAUUGGUAUUAUGACAAAAAAGACUUGCAAAACACACCGUCAUUUCGCGAUGGGAUCAGCACAGACACAGAGAAUCGUUACAGGAAGGAAGGCGCUAGAUUUAUCAUUGACACGGGAUCCAAAAUGGACUUAGGUUAUAACACAGUAGCGACUGGUGUUGUUUAUUUUCACCGUUUUUACAUGUUCCACUCGUUUAGAACAUUCCCGAGGUAUAUAACGGCGUGCUGCUGUUUAUUCCUCGCCGGAAAAGUGGAAGAGACGCCGAAAAAGUGUAAGGAUAUAAUAAAAGUUGCAAAAUCUCUGCUGACUGUACAAAAGUUUGGAACCUUCGGUGAAGAUCCGAAGGAGGAGGUGAUGACGCUCGAGAGGAUCCUGCUGCAGACGAUAAAGUUCGACCUGCAAGUGGAGCAUCCUUAUGGCUACUUAUUAAAGUAUGCCAAGUGUUUGAAAGGAGAUAAGACCAAGUUACAGAAGAUGGUGCAAAUGGCUUGGACUUUUGUUAAUGACAGUUUAUGCACCACAUUAUGUCUACAAUGGGAGCCGGAGGUGAUAGCAGUUGCUCUCAUGUUCCUGGCCGGCAAACUCAGCAAGUUCGAGGUGGUGGACUGGAAUGGACGGUUACCAAAACACAACGCCUGGUGGGACAUGUUCGUUGAAGACAUAACCAUGGAGCUUCUUGAGGAUAUUUGCCAUCAGGUAUUAGAUCUGUACUCGCCACAGACGCAGCCGUCUGGCGGCGACUCGCCGCCGCUGUCGGCGCCCCCGAAGACUCCAAAAAACGAGAAGAAGCCUCCAUCCGGUACACCGCCCGCUUCUGUAUCGCCCGUCGCGGCUGUCAGUAAGCCGGCCUCCACGCCGGUCAAGAACGGGGAGCCGCCGCCCAAGCCGGAGCCCCCCAUGGCGCCGCCGGGCCCGGAGCCGCCGCGGUACGGGUACCCGCCCUACGCGCCCAUCCCGCCCUUCGUGUACGGGGCGCCGCCCCCGCGGCUGCCGCUCAUGUACUCGGAGCCGCCCCCGGGCGUGGCGGCGGGGGCGGGCCCGCGCCGCUACCCGCCCCCGGCCCCGGGUCCGCCUGCUCCGGUGUCGGUGCCUCCGCCCUACUUCCCGCCAUUGCCGGCGCCGCCGCCGCGCCCCUACUACCCGCCCCCGUAGCGAAUAGAUAACGUA